AAUAAUCUACUUUCUGAAGCAAAUUUUCGGCAAAACACUUUUUCUUCGCAUGUAUGCUCUGUACAAGUGGAAAUUUUCCCCAGUUCUGCUCAUAAAGCGAGCGGGCUCCGAGCGACAGCCCCGCGCCCCCGCGCCACAUGGGCGCUUCCGGGUGAGGCUCCACCCCUUCGGUUCCACGUGGUCCGCGGCGGAGCCAGAGCAGCACUGGAUGAGGGUUCUGCGUGUGGCGUGGGUACCGGGAUGGCUGGGGCCCACUCCAGCGGUGCUGCUCGGUUCUCUUGUCCCCCCAACUUUACCGCGACGUCCCCAGCCUCAGAGCCCACUCGUUUCUCCUUGGAGGCAUUGACGGGCCCAGAUAAGGAACUGUGGCUUAUCCAGGCGCCUAUAGACUUCACCCCAGACUGCCUCAAUGGCCGGUUCAUACCUCUCUCUGGCUCCCAGACUGUGAAGGGCAAGUUGGCAGGCAAACGGCACCGCUACCGGGUCCUUAGCAGCAGCAGACCCCAGGCUGGAGAAGCGACCCUGCUGGCUCCCUCAGCAGAGGCAGGAGGUGGACUCACCUGUGCCCCAGUCGCCCAGGGCAGCCUAAGGAUCUUAGAGGGUCUCCAAGAAUUCUUAUCAGGGACCCCGCUGCAGCCCAUUCCAGCAAGCCCCCCACCCCAGAUCCCCCCUGGCCUGAGGCCUCGUUUCUGUGCCUUUGGAGGCAGCCCACCAGUAACAGGACCUGGGUCAGCCUUGGCACUGAGGUCACCAGCCUCCGGAAAGAGGAAAAAGAAGAGGCAUAAGUCUGAGGCCUCUGUUCCUCAGGAGGCAGUGAAUGGGCAUGGGACCCUGGAGGUGGACACAGCUUUGGGGCCCCCUGAGAUGGAUGUGGGAAAGAAGAAGAAAAAAAAGCAACCAAAAGAACUGGAGGUGAUGGAGCUGGUGGCAACAGAGCCCCUGGCCGAGGUGUUGGAACCUCUGGGACUGCUGUUCCCAUCCACCAAGAAGAAGAAAAAGAAGCCCAAAGAUACAGAAAUGGUCGAGCGAGAAACAGGGAUGCUGGAGCAAGAAGAGCCCAUGGAGCUGGAACUCAUGGUUAAAACUGAGCCUCUGGAAGAGACAGUCAUAUCCCCCACCAAGAAGAGGAAGAGACAGAAGGGGACAGAAGGGACUGAGCCAGUGGAGGGGAUGAGAUUCGAGUCUCAGCUGCAGAUGAAACCACAAGAGGAAGCCAUGCCGUCCUUAAAGAAGAAAAAAGAAAAGGGGUACAAAGUGCUGAUGGAGCCAGGGAUUGAGGCUAUAGGGCCAGAGAUGACACCUCUGGAGCUCCAAGGGGAGAAGAUGGAGCCUGAACUGCCACAUGAAGUUGAGCUUCAGGCCAAGGCAGCUCUGACAUCCACCAAAAAGACGAGGAAGAAAGAAAAACGGCCAGAUGUGAUGAUGGAGCCAAAGACAACAGUGCUGGAGUCGCAAGAAGAGGCCAUGGUGCCUGCACUGGCAGGUGACCUUGAGCCUCAGGCAGCUCUAGCAUCCACCAAGAAGAAGAAGAAGAAGGAAGCAAGAGGGCGUAAAGCGACAGAGUCAGGGACUGAGCUGACUGACCCACAAGGGGAGAUGAUAGAGCCUGAACUGCCAGAUGAGGGUGAGCCCAAGGCCAGGACAGAUCCGACAUCCACCAAGAAGAGGAAGAAGCAGGGCCAGGAAAGCAGGGUACCAGAGAUGGCAUCCCAGGAGACGAUACCAGAGCUGCCACUGAAUCAAGAGUCUGGAGGGGUGGCUCCCACUGGACGGGAGAAGAAGAGGAAGAAGAAGCUGCAGCAGGAUCCUGCAUAAUAUCCUUCAGGGAAACUGACGAC